AUGACAUCAACCAGCCAACACUUUGAUUACGAAAAGACCACCGACAACGCCAAUCGUGGGUUCAUUGCAAAGCUAGAUCCUUGUAUAAUCAAAGAUCACAAUGGCCGUAUUGUCUGGGAUAACGACGCGUACGAAUUCUUAGCCACGUCUUGUCCGGACACAGCCAAUCCAAGAUUAUGGCGACAAGCUCAACUAGUUGCCUUACAAGGUCUUUUCAAAGUCACCGACGGUAUAUACCAGAUUCGCGGUCUGGAUCUAUCAAAUAUGACAAUCAUCGAAGGUGAUCGCGGGGUUGUGGUAGUGGAUCCUCUUACGUCCGCUGAAUGUGCAGAAGCAGCUCUCAACCUGUACUACGAGCAUUCCGGCAAGAAACCCGUUUCGGGAAUGAUCUAUACACACUCCCAUGCUGAUCACUUUGGAGGCGCGAAAGGGGUAUUUGCUGAAACUGAAGCCAGUUUUGCGCCAAUUCUAGCGCCUGAUGGAUUUCUUGAGCACGCUGUCGCCGAGAACAUCUAUGCGGGCAAUGCGAUGGCUCGAAGAGCUGCGUUCAUGUACGGUGAUCAGUUACGAAAAGAACCUUCUGGUCAGAUUAGCUGUGGAUUGGGGGCCACUGUAUCCCGAGGAACAGUGACUCUAGUUGCCCCCACUGUUGAUAUCACACACACUGGCCAGGUGGAAGUGAUUGACGGAAUAGCUUUUGUGUUCCAAGUUACCCCCGGGACCGAGGCACCAGCGGAGAUGAACUUUUUCCUUCCUCAGUAUCGAGCGCUAUGCGUUGCGGAGAAUGCAACGCAAUGCCUCCACAAUAUUGCUACUCUUCGUGGGGCUGCUGUCCGAGAUGCCCUUGCAUGGUCUUCGUACCUGGAUGAGACUAUUGUCCUUUACGGCGAGAAAUCGGAUGUCGUCUUUGCUUCUCAUCAUUGGCCUACGUGGGGCCAGAUUAAUAUCAUCGAAUAUCUCACGCUGCAGAGAGAUCUCUACGCAUUUCUGCAUGAUCAGACAUUGCGUCGAAUGAAUGAUGGGUUGACUGGCAUUGAAAUCGCCGAAGAGAUGCAGCUGCCCGUUCGGCUUCAAAAUACAUGGCAUGCUCAAGGGUUCUAUGGGUCAGUCAGUCAUAAUGUCAAGGCAAUUUAUCAGCGUUAUAUGACAUGGUUCGAUGGCAACCCAGCUCACUUAUGGGAACAUCCACCCACGGAAUCCGCUAAACGCUACGUCGAUUGUAUGGGUGGUAUCGACGAAGUGAUGGAAAAGGCAAGGUGUUUUACCGAGAGAGGAGAUCUACGCUUUGCUGCCACGCUUCUCAACCACGCCGUCUUUGCCGAGCCCGGAAACAAAAAUGCCAAAGAAUUGCUAGCCUCAACCUAUGAGAAGCUCGGACAUGGAUGUGAGAAUGGCCCGUGGCGGAACUUUUACAUAUCUGGAGCGACCGAGCUGCGAGGGUAUGUACCAGAAGGAAAUGUAUUGUCUGGUCAAACAGGGAUGGCCGAGGCUUUAUCACUUCAACAACUCUUUGCUUCGGUCGCUGUCCGACUAGAUGGCAUCCGGGCACAAGAAGAAAAUUUCAUCAUUGAUCUCUACGUGUCAGAUCGAGGAGAGCACUGCCGUUUAAUGAUGAGUAAUGGUGCUUUGAUUCACAGGACUGGACAACGUGUUUGUGAAGUUGCUUCAUCGGAAACAGCGGAUUUCUCAUGCUCACUCACCUAUCUUCAGUUGGUGCAGAGUUUGGCUGCCGUAAAUGUCGGGGCUUUCAAGGAUGAGCAGAGGGGAGCGUUCUUAUCUGGACAGGCUAAUUUCUCUUUUGGUCACUCCAAACCCGUCGUUCAAUAUUGUUACUCCAUAAUGUGA